GGUGGAGUAAUAUUGGGUCCUUCGGUGCUUGGACAAAACGAAACAUUUGCCAAUGCAGUUUUUCCUCUAAGAAGUGUCAUGGUGAUUGAAACAAUGGCAAAUAUUGGUCUCCUCUAUUUUCUGUUCUUGGUAGGGGUGGAAAUGGACAUAACAGUGAUGCGAAGCGUGGGUAGAAAAGCUGUGGCUUCGGCAAUGGUUGGCAUGAUUUUACCUUUCCUCGUUGGAGUUGCAUUCUCCUACCUUUUGGCCAAAAAAACCGAUACUCAUAUAAACCAAGGCACAUACAUUCUAUUCCUUGGUGUUGCUCUCUCUGUCACUGCAUUUCCCGUCCUUGCUAGGAUUCUAGCUGAGCUUAAACUCGUUAACACAGAGUUGGGGAAGCUUGCUCUUUCAGCUGCACUCAUCAAUGAUGUGUGUGCUUGGAUUCUCUUAGCUUUGGCCAUUGCACUAGCUGAGAAUAAUGCAACUUCCUUGGCUUCUCUCUGGGUCCUACUCUCUGGUGCUGCAUUUGUAGCCGUUUGUGUUUUUGCUGUUCGACCAGCAGUUGAAUGGCUGAUUAGGAAAACCCCUGAAGGAGAAACUUUCAGUGAGUUUUAUAUAUCUCUUAUUCUAGCUGGGGUCAUGGUCUCAGGCUUCAUCACUGAUGCAAUUGGAACUCAUUCUGUUUUUGGAGCUUUUGUGUUUGGUUUGGUAAUCCCAAAUGGACCACUCAGUUUUACUCUUGUGGAAAAGCUGGAGGACUUUGUUUCCGGGCUUCUGCUACCUCUCUUUUUUGCCAUAAGUGGGCUAAAAACCAACUUAGGACUCAUCAAUGGCUCAUACACCUGGGCGAUUCUUCUUCUAGUCAUUUUUCUGGCCUGCAUUGGCAAAAUUCUUGGCACCCUUUUGAUUGCACUGCUUUAUCAAAUGCCAAUACGUGAAGGAGCUGCCCUGGGUUUACUCAUGAACACAAAAGGUCUCGUUGAAAUGGUGGUGCUUAAUGUUGGGAAGGACCAGAAGGUUUUUGAUGAAGAAUCAUUUGCAGUGAUGGUCGUUAUAACAGUCAUAAUGACUGCCAUUGUAGUACCUGCCAUAUCAGUCAUUUAUAGACCCUCAAGGAGCAGCAUAUAUUACAAAAGAAGAACAGUUGAGAUAUCAAAAUUAGAUACUGAGUUCAGACUCCUAGUGUGUGUGCACACCCCUCGAAACGUUCCAACAAUGAUCAACCUUCUUGAAGCCUCAAACCCAUCAAAGAACUCCCCAAUAUGUGCCUAUGUGCUCCAUCUGGUGGAACUCAGUGGUCGCACAUCAGCCAUGCUCAUUGUUCACAACACAGCAAAACCAGACCUCCCUGCCCUUAACAGAACCGAAGCUCAAUCCGACCACAUAAUCAAAGCCUUUGAAAACUACGAGCAGCAUGCUUCAUUCAUCGCAGUGCAGCCCUUGACAGCGAUCUCUCCCUAUUCCACCAUGCAUGAAGACAUAUGCAAUUUGGCAGCAGACAAACGUGUGUCCCUCAUCAUUGUUCCUUUUCAUAAACAACAAACAGUUGAUGGCGGCAUGGAAGCUACAAACAUGGCUUAUAGAGCCAUCAACCAGAACGUGCUAGCAAACGCACCAUGCUCGGUAGGAAUUCUAGUAGAUAGAGGCUUAAGUGGCUCUAACCGUUUGGCUGGAAACCAAGUGUCUCAUAACGUAGCAGUGUUGUUCUUCGGAGGGCCAGAUGAUAGAGAGGCAUUGUGCUAUGGAUGGAGAAUGGUGGAACAUCCUGGGAUUAGCCUCACCAUAAUGCGUUUUAUCCCAGGUGAACAGGCAGAGCCAUCGUGCCCACAACAAGACAGCAAAAACAUGGAUGGACCAAGGGUGCUGCUGACAGUGCAAACAGAUAGGGAUAUACAAAAGCAACUUGAUGAAAAACUUAUACAAGAAUUUAGGAUGAGAUGUGGGAGUGGUGAUUCAGUUGAUUAUGUUGAGAAGGUAGUUAAAAAUGGGGAAGACACAGUGGCUGCAAUAAGAAGCAUGGAUGAUGCUCAUGAUCUUUUCGUUGUUGGGAGAGGUCAAGGGAUGAUAUCACCUCUCACUGCAGGACUCACUGAUUGGAGUGAAUGUCCUGAAAUGGGAGCCAUUGGAGAUUUGCUAGCAUCUUCUGAUUUUGCAGCCACUGCUUCAGUUUUGGUGGUGCAACAAUACAUUGGCCAAGUAUAUCCAGGAACGGAAACACCUAAUGGUGAUGAUUAUAUCGAUUUUAGCCAUUGUUCUAUAUCACCUGCACCUAAUACAAUUAGAGCAUUUUAAACCUAAACCAUGUAAAGUACAAAACAUUUUCUCUCUUUUCUUUUUCCUAUGUUCCUUCCAUUUUUGU